AUGCACUUUGAGUCUGUUAAUCAGAUUUCCUUGGGCUUUGCCUGAUAGUGUGUUGAAUUUGAAUUGUGGGCAUGUGAUACUGCCUUUUUUGUAGUUUUACAAAUUUUGUGUAAUCUACCUCAAAAGAGUAAUUUUCCAGUAAUGCAUUGGUUAACUAUAAUGCUGGCAUUUCUUGUUCAGUAACUUAAAGACUAUCAUGUCUCUCAGUUCAGAGACUAAUUAUCCAGGUUAGAUUGACCGGUUCACUGCUUCUUAGCAACCUCAUGAAAGGGUUUGAGAAAGAAAUGUGAAUAAAUCUACAGAUAACUCAGUACACCUGGUGUGUGCCUGAUGUUGAGAAGAGGGGUCCGGACCAAUUUUAGACUGACUACCCAUGCUGCAAAAGCUACUGAAUCACAGAAGCCUCUUAGUAUUCAGGUUAAAACUGCAAUUACCACAGGACCUCAGGCACAGAUUAUCCAGAAUGGAAGAAUGUUGUUGAGUAGAUGUGGGAAGGAGAAACGAAACGCCCUGUUCUACAGUAUGAGUGUGCACACCGAAUGUCACUUGAUGGAGGCUAUGAAACUCAUGAAUAAAUAAGUGUUGUCAAAUAAUUUAUGACAGGUAAUUGAUAGUGUGUAAUGAAUGGACUCUUAAUAAUUGAUUCCUAGAAACAGACUGCCUUUGUCAGCUAAGCUUUGGAUGUUUUCGUGUGAAGUGUAGCAGUGUGCUUUGUAUGUUAUUUUUCUACCAAAUAGCAUUAUGGAUAAUGAGAAAAUGGGGGAAAUGUCUGUGCCAAGCCCAGACAGUGUGAGAGUGGCGGUUCGGGUCCGGCCUUUCAGCCAGAGAGAGAAGAACUCUGGAAGCCAAUGUGUGAUUUCCAUGCAUUCCCAAAGCACCACCAUUCGAGACCCUAAGAACAAAGGACAUUUGAAGACCUUCACCUUUGACCUGGCAUAUUGGUCUCAUGACGGAUUUCAAAAGGACGAAGAUGGCGUACUUAUUCCAUCUAAUGCAACUAGUAAAUUCGCAGGCCAGAUCCAUGUGUUCCAUGACAUCGGAAGGGGAAUUCUAGACAGUGCCUGGCGAGGCUACAAUGCUACUCUCCUGGCCUAUGGCCAGACUGGCUCUGGGAAAAGCUACUCCAUGGUUGGCUUUGGCACAAACAAGGGUAUUAUUCCAAGAGUGUGUGAAGAGCUCUUCCAAGCUAUGAAGACACAGAAGAAAAACAUGGAACCCCAGGUCAUGUUCAGCAUGCUGGAAAUCUACAAUGAACAGAUAAGAGAUUUGCUGUCCAGAACCAAGACUCCUGGAGGGUUAAAAGUCAGGGAAGACCAACAGCUGGGGUUUUUUGUGGAAGGUCUGAAGUGGGUGCCUUGUGAGAAUUAUGCACAAAUUGAAAAGCUCAUGGAGCAGGGAUCCAAAAUCAGAAUGACAGCGUCAACCAACAUGAAUGCCAGCAGCAGCCGGUCACACAUGGUCAUCACCAUCCGGUUGAAGCAGGUCUUCCUGGACAUGGCCCUCACCAAAAAAUCCAGCAUCAACAUGGUGGACUUGGCAGGAAGUGAGAGGCAGAAGUCAUCAGGGUCUGAAGGAGACAGGCUGAAGGAAGGAUCCAGGGUCAACUUAAGCCUAACCAGCUUAGGAAAUGUUAUCAGUGCUCUGGCUGAUUCAGCCAUGGGGAAGAAAGUCCUGCACAUUCCCUACAGAGAUUCUGUUCUAACCAAACUGCUCCGGUCGGCUCUGGGCGGGAACAGCAGGACGACACUGAUUGCAGCCAUAAGCCCAGCCGAUAUCUGCUAUGAGGAAACCCUGUCGACCCUGAGAUACGCUGAGAGAGCUAAAAAGGUUCAGAACAGAGCUACAAUCAACACCUGUACACUGGUCAGAGCAGCCAGGGCUGAGAACCAGCGGCUGCUAGGAUUCGGGGACGCCGGAGCAGCAGAGCACUCAGCUUGCUUCCUGGCAGAAUGGCAGCUGGGGACUCGGGGAACCUGGGCCCGGCUGCUGGAGCAGGCGCGGAAGGAGUGGGAGGAACAGUACGCGGCUCUCUCGCAGGAGCAGCAGAUGGUGAAGACUCUCCCACAUCUUCUCAAUGUGAAUGAGGACCCGCAGCUCACGGGGGUCCUCAAGUACUUCAUUCACAAUGGCUCCUGUGACGUUGGCCGAGCUGCUUCAAAUGCUAUCCGUCUUCAAGGCCUGGGAAUUUCAGAUAAACAUGCUUCCUUCGUGAAUUUGAAUGGCAAAGUGACAGUCAUGCCACAUGACAAGUGCAAGGUUGUUGUUAAUGGGGUACCUGUCACCAACAGGACAAAGCUGCAGCAUUUGGACCGCAUCAUCUUGGGAUCCAACAGUGCCUUCCUCUACAUCGGGUUUCCCUCAGAGCGACGUGGUGAAGAUUUGAGCAGAUUCGACUAUGACUUUUUCCAGCUGGAACGGGCAGCUGCUGAGGGAGUGAGUGUGGACAUGCUUGGUACCAUGAGCCCCAGAGAUGGCCAAGCUGACCCCAGCGUCUUAGCUGUGUUCCAGGACUACAUCAAACUCAUGCCAUUGGUUGAGGAAGCAAAUCAGAUGAGUGAGGAGCUAGAGAAGGGUCUGAAAAUGGAAUUGAAGGUGAAGAACUUAGCAGCAUUGGAUUCCAGGGGCUUUGACCUCCAGAAAGAGGUCAUGGUGAAGGUGACCAAACCAAGGACUCACGAGGUAUGGAUUUGGUCAAAAGCCAAGUUUAUCAAUAGGAAAUCCCUGAUGGGAGAACUUUACCAGCGCUUCCUAGAGAGAGAAGACAGCCAGGUGGCUCAGGAAGAUGACCCUUUCUGGGACCCUGUGGAGGUUGUCCACUUGGGCUCAGCGCACAUCUGGCUGCAUUCCCUGGCUUACUGCAUGAUGCUGGAGGAGCAGGUGGAGUUUCUGAACUGCGAUGGCCUGGAGGAGGCGGUGCUGCAUAUCCAAAUCACCCCCUGCUCCCCCGAGGGACGGGCACAUGGUGAGGAAGACAUGAUUAUUGACCCUGUGGAGCUACUGGGCAAGAGGAUCGACUUCCAGAUUCACAUUGUUGGAUGCCUUGAUGUCAAAUGGCUAAAGGAAGAUGCCACCCGGGGCAUUCAGAUGGGGUACAAAAUUUAUGAUCUCCCAAACACUCUGUAUACCAAGCCUGUGUGGAAAAGUGUGAAUCCCAGAAUUGAAGAGACUGUCCAUGUUGUAGCCUUGAGUGCAUCCCGAGAGUUUCUGGAUUACUUACUGACAAAUGCCCUAAUUGUUGAUUUGUGGGGCCUCCAAGAGGGCUGUGCCGAGCUAGGGUUCUCUCAUCUGGACAUCUUGCUCCCAGGAGAGAGCCACAUCAUGGUAGAUACCAAGAAAUUUUCCAGUGUGAAGACUGUGAGCCAGGUCAUGUCAAACCAGGUGCCAGAAAUGUAUCACAAGCUGAUCAAGUUGGAGCAGGAGACUGAGCUACUCAGAGAUGUUAACAGAGCCCUUAGGGAAGAAAACCUGUUUCUCAAGGCCUCACUGGAAAAAACUGGUUCUGCUCAACAGGCCCAGGAGCCAGAUAAUCCAGAGAGAGUUGGGUUGAUGUCACAGCUGCCAACAGCCAGAGAGGCUACGCAAAUGUGUGCUCAGCAAGCCAGCAGUGAUGCACAACUGGCCAGAGCUCUGAAGGUGUUCUAUCGAGGCAUGAGCAUGGCCAGAGGACAGCUGCUCAGACUGAGGCAGUGCAGACCUCCCGAAGAUGAGCAAAUGCUUCAACAUUUUGUGCACCAACAGUCACAGAUGCUGAAGGAUUUGGAGGACCUGCUUGAAUCUAGCUUCCAGAAGCUGAAAAAUGAUGUUGCCUUCAUAGUGAAGAAGAAGAAAGAGGAUGUACUGCAUAUCCAACAGUGA